AUGGAGAUCUUUCAUGGAGAAUUCGUGAUGGACCUUGGCAAUAAUAUCAUUGAUGACUUCCUUAUCAUUAUCGGUGAAAAGGAUAUCAUCAACGCAAACUUUGAGAAAGUGGCCAGUGUAUCUAUCUCCAAACAGGCCUGGGAGAUACUUCAAGUUGCAUACAAAGGCAUAUACAAGAUAAAGAAGAUUCGACUUCAAACUCUUCGGGCCAAAUUUGAGGCACUUCAAAUGAAGGAAGCAGAAAAUAUGGAGGACUAUUUCACAAGAGUCUUGACCAUCGUCAAUCAACUACGAAGGUAUGGAGAAGCAUUAGAAGAUAUUCGAGUGAUAGAAAAAAUUCUACGCUCGGUAAAUGAUAAAUUUGAGCAUAUUGUCAUAGCUAUUGAGGAAGCUAAAGAUUUAGAGACAAUGACCGUUGAUGAACUAAUGGGUUCUUUGAUGACUUAUGAGCAAAGAAAAAAUAAGAAAAUACAAAAUACUAUCGUACAAGUUCUCCAAUCAAAGCUCUCAUUGAAAGGUGACAAAGACGACACAAAAAAUGAAGAUAAUUCAAAUGAUCGAGACAUUUAUGGACAAGGCCGUGGUCGAGGUCGCGGUCGUGGUCGUGGAUUUGGAAGAGGCCGAGGACGUGGACGAGGACGUGGAGGAUAUUAA